CAGUUUUCUUGAACGCGCCUGUGAUUUAACAGCGUAAAAGAAAACCACAAAUUUUUCAUUAAUUCUUAUCGUCAGAUUUCGGAAAAUUAGUCGCGGUGUUGUUAGGUGGGGCGUAUUUUUCAUCGCCGUAUAAGUACCGCAACAGCGCCUACCUACAUGAGUGACAAAGCAGAAGAGGACGUAGCCGGGGUAUUGGGGAACAGUUUCCACUUGGAAAUGAUCUCGAAAAGACUCUUGCUGUUCUUCGCCUGGUUCGCCGGCACCCUUGGCGUGCUGGCCUACAGCCCUUGGCUGCACCCUCUGCUCGCAUGGCUCGCCAUUCUGGUGGUGGCCUCCUUUGUGGCCACCUGGGGCGUCACUCUGGCCGCCUCCAAAUUGCCCAAGAAGUACAUCAAAAACCUCGAAUACACCGGAAUUUUGAUAACAGGCUGUGAUUCAGGAUUUGGUCUGCAAUUGGCCCUCCGCCUGCACUUAAUGGGGGUUGCGGUGUAUGCAGGGGUGUUGAACGAAAACUCGGAGGGUGCCAGACAACUGAAAGCAAAGAACUGCGCGCAACUGAAAGUGGUGCCGAUGGACGUGACGAGCGACGUAGACGUGCAGCGGGCGGUCAAGUUCAUCAACGCAGACCUGGGCGAACGCAAGUUGCAGGCCGUCGUCAAUAAUGCGGGAGUGACCGCGGUCACGGAGGUUGAAUGGUGCCCUCUCGAGACGUACAGACAGGUUCUCGAGGUCAACGCCCUGGGACCUAUCCGUGUGACGCAGGCUUUUCUGCCCUUACUGCGAAAGGGGAACGGAAGCAGAGUGGUCGUGGUUGCUUCCCUGGCAGGUCGCUACACAUUUCCUGGCUUCACCGCCUACUCAAUGUCAAAGAGCGCGGCCGUGUCGUUUGCUGACGGCCUCCGCAGAGAAAUGAAAAAAUGGUCCAUCACAGUGCACACGAUUGAGCCGACCCUUUACAAGACGCCACUGACGAAGCCGAAGAUAAUUCAGGGAACAAUGCAGGAGCACUGGGACAGCAGCCCGGACAAUGUCAAGAAAAUCUACGGCGAGGAAUAUUUUGCCGAAUUCAAGAAAAUCAUCAGUGGACUUUUAACAAAGGCCCGCGAGCCACAGCAGAUUGCCGAAGUGAUCGACGACAUGGUUGACGCAGUCAUUGGAGAUGAGCCCAAGAUGCGGUAUGUGCCAAGUGUGGCUGCCCAGUUCCGCAGUCAAGUCAUUACAGCAAUGCCGAUGCACAUGCAAGACUUUGUCCUUGGAAUGACCCAACCGAGAACACCUCCAGCUGCCAUGUUGCAAGACAGCAUGCGAUUGAGGAGAUCCGAUCCCCUGGGUAUGGGGAAAACUCUGCAACGCCUCAAGUCUGUUCCACACUGGUUCUACAAAGAUAGAAGCAUCAUUUUCCAAUUUCCCGAGAUUAAUGCAGUGGAGAAGAAAAUUAAGGAUGAAGUCAAGAUGGCACAGGAGGUCGAGGAACAAAUCAUUUCAGAAGUACUGCCUGAUGAGGAAAGCGAAGGAAAAAUGACAACGAUCGAGCCAGAAAUUAUGGAAGAAGACAAAAAUGACUUAAGUUUGUCAAUUUAGGUGUGCAAUUGUCAGACCAAUAUAUAUGCAAAAUCUCUUAUACAAAGUGGAUCUCACUUGGAAACUAAAACUAUAUUCAAUAGUGUUAAUCUUAAUACUCUCUUUUUGUAAUAAUUCACAUUUGCAUUUAUUUUAGUCUUUUUUUACUAUUUUGCUUUGAAAAAUUAGUUUUCACUGUUGCUAAUCAAUAAAAUUUUGAGUGUAUUUUGUAAUCACAUUCUUAAAUUAGAUGACAUUGAACCUUGCACAAUGGUGUGUUUGGUCAUUAAAUUUAUUAUCACUUGCCUUUAACAUUUUCAG